UUUGCGGCCCGAAGAAGUAAACAUUAUUCCUGAAAACAUCGAACAAGGCAGGCGGUAUGUGGUUUACUGUAUCCCUAACCAGUACGAGCUCGAACAUUCAAUCACUGGUGUUUUCGGCUACACGUAGACAGGUCCGAAGGGUGUCAUAGAAAAUAUUUAUGACAAAAUCCAAGUAAACGAAGACACCGGCGACUUAACGAUCCACGACUUUCAGACUGCCGAUAUCGGUGUGUACAAGUGCACGGCUAAAUACUGGACAAUAACGUCGGGGAUGCAAGUCCAGAAAACAGUUAUCGCGAACUAUGUGUUAGAAGCAUAUGUACAACCUGAGAAUGGCGGGGACUGCCCUACAGGAUACACGCUAAGAGAAAGCCAAUGUUAUCCAUGCCAUCCAGGACAGUUUAAAGGAAUCAUGGAAAUGGCAUGCGUUCCUUGUCCACAAGAUUAUUAUGGUGAUUUGUACGGCUUAACGGAGUGCUUCCGAUGCCCAAGAGGGACGUACACAAACACGGGAGCUUCCACGUUAAAUUCAUGCAAAGGUACGUUUUAGUCACAUCUCAGAUUCUAAAAAAAAGUUUAAAUUUGAUACGAGAUGAUGCGUG